AUGGCCCCCACCCAUGGCAGCUUCUGGCAGUUUCAAAGGAUGGUCAAACACAUCACAGGGCGGAGCGCCUUCUUCCCAAAUUAUGGAUACGGCUGCUACUGUGGGCUUGGGGGCAUAGGGACCCCCGUGGAUGACACUGACAGGUGCUGCCUGGCCCACGACUGCUGCUACGAGAAACUGAAGCGGCUCAGCUGCCAGCCCGUGUUGAACGGCUACCAGUUCCACGUGGCCAACGGGACCGUGAUCUGCUUCUCCUUGGGGCAUGUCCAGUUGAAUGCGCCCUUGGUCCUGGUGUUGGCUGCCUCCGUGGGCUAA